ACCCGUCAAUCACAGAGCCCAUUUAGAGACAAAUCACUUUCACACAAUCACUGCAGUGUCUCCCACAGGACAGCAAUCUGGGCUGACCAUAUUUUUAUUACUAAAAACUGGACCUGGCCAAGAGUGUACUCAUAUGAUCCUGGAAAUGUACUCAAAUAUGCCCUUAUCAUUUCAAUACAUUUCAAGUGUAUGGAUUGUUCCAAUAAUCCCUCAUUUAUGGCGCUUCAUUGGUUCCACAACCGACCGCGAUGAGUCAAUUUCCACCAAUUAGGCUAUUUCUAAUGGUUUCAUUUAUUUUGAACAUGCAUACAAGUCACAUUCAGUUCCACACAUCCAAAAAAGAGCAGCUUAUUUCAUCCUAACCCCAUUCGUUUCACGUCAAUUGUAAUACAUUUGUUCACUUCCUGUUUUCCAAAUGUACUCUUUGCUAGUUUGAAAUACAUAGUUGUAGUCCUUAUUCAUAAAGCCAAUAUUUUCAUAGCUAAAACCCUGUUUAAGACCUUCUAAGAAGCUUUUUAUUAUUAGAGCCCUCUAGACAUCAAAUAACACCCCUAUAGUCACCUUUACACUCCUAUUACCCAAAAUAGAAGAUAUAAUAGGAGUAAAAUAUGACAUCUAAGAUAUAAAUAAGACUCAUGCUUGUGUGUGUUGCUAUAAAUGUACUUUGUGCCUUAGUUCCUUACUAACUACUCUACUCAUUAGUUCCUCAAUAACUACUCUAAAUGUAUGUGUCUUAGUUCCCCAGUAACUACUCCACCUAUUAGUUCCUCAGCAACUACUCUAAACGUAUGUGCCUUAGUUCCUCACUACUCUACUUGUUGGUUCCUCCAUAACUACUCUAAAUGUAUGUGCCUUAGUUCCUCACUAACUACUCAACUCGUUAGUUCCUCCAUAACUACUCUAAAUGUAUGUGUCUUAGUUAUCCAGUAACUACUCCACUUAUUAGUUCCCGAGUAACUACCCUAAAUGUGUCUUAGUUCCCCAGUAACUACUCCACCUAUUAGUUCCUCAGAAACUACUUUAAAUAUAUGUGUCUUAGUUCUUCACUACUCUACUCGUUAGUUCCUCCAUAACUACUCUAAAUGUAUGUGCCUUAGUUCCCCAGUAACCACUCCACUUAUUAGUUCCCGAGUAACUACUCUAAAUGUGUCUUAGUUCCCCAGUAACUACUCCACCUAUUAGUUCCUCAGAAACUACUCUAAACACAUGUGCCUUAGUUCUUCACUACUCUACUCGUUAGUUCCUCCAUAACUACUCUAAAUGUAUGUGCCUUAGUUCCUCACCAACUACUCUACUUGUUAGUUCCUCCAUAACUACUCUAAAUGUAUGUCUUAGUUCGCCAGUAACUACUCCACCUAUUAGUUCCUUAGUAACUACUCUAAAUGUAUGUGCCUUAGUUCCUCACUACUCUACUCGUUAGUUCCUCCAUAACUACUCUAAAUGUAUGUGCCUUAGUUCCUCACUAACUACUCUACUUGUUAGUUCCUCCAUAACUACUCUAAAUGUAUGUGUCUUAGUUCUCCAGUAACUACUCCACUUAUUAGUUCCUGAGUAACUACUCUAAACUAUGUGCCUUAGUUCCCCGGUAACGGCUCUACUCAUUAGUUCCUCAUAAACUACUCUGAAUGUAUGUACCUUAGUUCCUCAGUAACUACUCUAAAUGUAUGUGCCACGAUUCCUCUGUAACUAGUGUACUUUUGUGUAUCUUAAUAUGUAUCUAUCUAUGCUAAAAAAAUAUUAGGCCAUAUUCAAACACAAAUCAGCCUGAUUCAUGAAACCGUGAGCCACAAACCUUUAGUCCAACCUCUUAUUGAUGAUGACUUGAUGAAGAGGUGUGUUGUAAUCCUUUUCAAAAAGCAGCUACGCUUCUCUUAAGGGGUCUAAAACACCUGGCGUCAGGAUGUAAAGUGAGACCUGUGUCAAGCGGCAGUUUGCAGCGUUUCCUGUUCGCCGCAUAAAGAAAACAGUGGCCUGAGGGGUAUUGGUCUCCUAGUAACGGGUCACAGUCCCCGCCCCUCCCGUCUUGAUGUCCUGUACACAGAAAUGGUGAACACCUUGCUGCUCCUCCCACCCCGCUGGGAUGCGACUACCUCCCAGCAGGACUCCACUGCUUCCUAACAGAGAGUCUGGUUAGGAGGACAGGAUGGCCAACUCAGCACUGGAGCUGCUGGGUCUUCUCGUGACCCUAAUCGGGCUGAUAGGUGUGGCGGCGAGCACCGGCAUGCCCAUGUGGCGAGUCACGGCCUUCAUCGGCGAGAAUAUAAUCGUUUUCGAGACCCGCUACGAGGGUUUGUGGAUGAACUGCUUCAAGCAGGCCGACAUCAGGAUGCAGUGCAAGGUGUACGACUCUCUCCUGGCCUUGCCACCCGACCUCCAAGCAGCACGGGGCCUCAUGUGCUGCGCUCUGGCCCUAGGCGGUCUGGGCGUGCUGGUGAGCUUGUUGGGGCUGCAGUGCACGUCAUGCAUUCGGAACGACGAUCGAGCCAAGCGCAUAGUGCUCAUCAUCGCCGGAUCCAUGAUCUUCCUGUCAUGCAUCUGCGUCCUGAUCCCUGUGUCCUGGACCGGUCACGUCAUCAUCCGGGAUUUCUACAACCCCUUACUGCUCGAUGCCCAGCGUAGAGAACUGGGGGAGGCUCUCUACAUCGGAUGGGUGGCCGGCGCCUUCCUCUUCGCCGGAGGAUGCAUGUUUACUUGUUGUAAUAUACAGUCGGAAGACCGAGAUCCGAGGAAGUACGUAUACUCCAGGGACUCAGACUACUUGGCGUACCCUCCGACCCCCAUCCAGCCCCUGCAGCCUCAACAGCUGGUGCUGCUCCCACAAGCUCAAGCCCAGCCGGUCCUGUCUAGACAUCCAUCUACCAACUACAGCUACCAGUCCAGGUACCCAUCUGUGCGCAGUGGAGUGGCCUAUCUUUGAACACUGACUGAGGCACCGACUGGGACAAACACAUCAUACCAUCCAUUUUAUGUAUGAACUAAAUGUAAACAACUUUCUAAAUCCAUUUUGUAUUGGCCCUAGAAAGGCUCUGUAACUGUCGUUGGAAAGGCAGGUGCAUUUGAAAAGGGUUUUUAGAGUCCAUGCUAGGUUAUGUCAUUUUUGAUGUUAUGAUAUUACAACACAAUGCUAAAGUCAGUUCUGGAUUUUGCAGUUUUUGUAGCAAACCGUGUAACACGCCUGCCACAUAGGUCAGAGUUAGAUGGAAAACAAAGAUAAAUGUGAGUCAAUACGACUACUGUUUGUUCAAGGUGGGGACACUCUCGUGUGUUUGCAAAGAGCGUAGAGUCUCUAGAGCCACGAUCCAGCGUGAUCAUGUGACCACAAUUUGCAAGUGGCUUUGAAUAGAGAUACAAGUCAACAACAAUGCCUGUACGGUCCACUUCCACAGGUGCUUGACUGCACUGGCAGAUAUCUUAACUCCUCAACUAUUGAUCAAUCUCAUAUCGCAUAUCAUUUCUACUAAGUUGCACUCUUCUGAACUCUGUGUGUAUGCUAGCGGUUCCGCCUCCACCCAACGAGACAGACACUGUUUGACUGACAAGUGCUCACUCCGUUGAUGCUGAAAGCAAUGCACAGAGUGAAUCCCCUUCCUACGGGCUCUGCUCCCAAUCUAAAAGCCCUCACACUUUUGUUUCUUACAUUAAAAAAAAAAUAACCAAAAAAACAUAAACGUCAAAAAUAAGCAACAAAAGAUGUUUUUUUGUUUUUCACUCACUUUUUUCCAAAUGCUUCAUGGAUGAUUAGACAAUUAUGUAUUUAUAUUAUCCUCACCGUUGCUCCUAUGAGAAACACUGAUUUUUUUCAUGAGAAGCUCACCAUUAAACUAUA